AUGCCAUAUAAAAGUAAGUAUGACAAUCGGUAUGGUGUUAUAUGCCGCUCCAGCGUGGAUAGCCCUCACAAGCGAUUCAUCAAAGAAAAGACUCCAAAGACUACUAAACAAAGCCCUACGACGUGCAACCCAGGCUCCCCGCUUCGUAAGAAACGCGACAAUAACGCGAGACCUCCGAUUCGGGAGCCUGGACGACUGCAUCCGACGCCAGACAGAAAGAAUGUUCGAAAGAUUCGACGCAUCCGCACAUACACACAUACGAGGCAUCGCCCCAUGGCACACUCGUCCUCCAGACAGAAGAGCGCUCCCCAGAGAUGGCCCAACAAC